UUGACUUGGUACCUUUAUUUCAAGUAAAACGAGAGAGUAGGGCAGGAAAGGUAGGAUCAAAGAAUAAAGAGAGUAAACUUAGCUAAACCACUGUUAAGGAGGAAGGAAAAUAUAUUGAGGAAAAGUGAAGCAAAAAAAACAAACAAAACAUUUGAUGGAGGAAGACGCUAAUGAAAAUAAGUAAAGGAUGUCCCUGACUGCGAAAGAGCGCAUUGUGCUUUAUAAAGGGGCUGGGAAGAAAAGUUAGGUCAGAACUAUCAUCAAGACCUGACUAGGGAAGGAGGAGAUCGAAUACUACAGCUGAAGCGGAUCAUAAGGUGAAUUGUGGUCGCGCAUCUGAGAAGUGCAAGGAGAUCCUCGGUACAUGCGGCUGCAUGGUGAAGUCAUUUGUUAGCUAUGGGGCACGUAUGUGGGAUUCUUGGACCUGUAGUUUAUUUCUUCCAGCUGUAAGAUGGCGCGGGCUGGCUGCUGGCCAACGUGCUGUCUCUGUUUGUGGCGGUUGCACAGUUGUGACUGCAGUGAAUCAAGGAAACCUGCGAAGAGGAGUACGUGUGAAUGUAUUUGGAUCCUGUUCUGCUUCUUAGUGUUCGUGUGGACAAUGAUAUGGCUGUACGUAACCCAGAUCGUGAACAAUGACAUGCACAACUUCAAUGAGUUCAUGUUCCGUUCUCAGGGUUGGUGGCUUGACUGGUCUCUUGUUGUGGUGACAGUGACGGCCGUGUUACUCACAUAUUGCAGCCUGCUACUGAUUCUCCUUCUGUGCCUAGUACUUUGUUCUCAACCCCUUCGGUUACAUUGGAUCCAUAAAGUUCUUCUUUGCCUUUGCGCUGCGGCAGUCUCACUAGGAGUUGUUUUUUUAGAUGUAAAGUGGAAGGAAGAGUGGGAAGCUGUGGCCAUCUCUCUGCAGGUCACUGCACCCUUCCUGCACAUUGGAGCUGUGAUUGGGGUCUCCAUUCUUGCCUGGGUUUUAGCUGCAUAUUACUGGGGAGCAAAUAGCAGAGUAUUCAGAAAUGUACUCUUGGCAGUAUAUAUUCUAGUCCUCUGUGCUCUGUAUGUGUCCCCUCUUUUUAUUUCUUCUCCGUGUAUCAUGAAGGCAGAACAGCUCCCUCCAAAACCCAGACUCUUUGGACACCGGGGAGCCCCUAUGCUGGCACCAGAGAACACCAUGUUGUCGUUUUACAAGAUGGUAGAGAGUAAUGUGGAUGUGUUUGAAAGUGACGUCAUGGUAAGCCAUGAUGGAAUUCCCUUUCUGAUGCACGAUAAUUUCCUGCUUCGUACUACAAAUAUAGGCCAAGUGUUCCCAGGCCGAGAGCGAGAAGAUAGUGGUAACUUCACAUGGUCAGAGCUCAGGGAAUUGGAUGCAGGUGAAUGGUUCCUCCAGAGGAACCCAUUCAGGACAGGAGGAUCGCAAGCUCUUCUCUCCCAGCAGGGCAGGAAAAUCCCCUCCCUGUCUGAAUUGUUAGCUGCAGCUGAAACUCUUAACAUCUCCAUAAUAUUUGACCUUCGUCCACCUCCUCCUGGCCAUCCGUACAAUGAAACCUACCUCAAUGUAACACUGGAAACUAUCUUGAAAUCACCUAUCCGCCAAGAGCUGGUCUUGUGGCUGCCGGAUGAAGAGCGGGAUGAAGUGAUUGCGCUGGCUCCUGGGUUUCGUCAGAUUUAUGGGCGAAGGAGGCAAGAAAAUGACACCUUUGAUGCUGUAAAUCUGUCGUAUAAAAACAUAAGUGUGAGUGAGAUCAGGUCUUACAUUCAGAAUAAUAUUACUGUGAAUCUUUAUGUGGUUAAUUACCCCUGGUUAUAUUCUCAUUUUUGGUGUGCUGGUGUGACAUCUGUGACUACUAAUGCAUGUCAUAUCUUGCAAGACCUUGCACGUCCCCUCUGGGUUCUGGAUCCUAAACAUUACUUGCUGAUCUGGAUUGUCGCAGAUUGCAUCUCUUUUCUUCACGUGAUUUGGGCUUUUGUGAUUCAAAGAAAAUGUUCAAGGGUAAAAGAAGAAAAAGAUGCAGAAGGAGUACUACUCAUGAAGAUACAGAAUUUAACUUAAUGAAUCAGUGGAAAGAACCUUUCUUGUACUGCAAACUUGGGGAUGGAAGAGUCAAUUAAAAAAAGAAAACCCUGCUCAGCUGCCUCUGUACAAAUAACCAGUUAUCGGGAUGCAGUUGCCUUACCAGCACUCAGAACCAGGGUGUUGGAGCAUAAGCCACCAGUCAUGUGUAAUAAAUCACAUUCACACAGAACUGUUCUGGGUACCAUAUGUAAUCCAUAUUUUUGUUUUCUAGAAACUGAAAAAAAUUAGCGUGGGAAAAGCAGAUAAAAAGCUUCCACUAUGUUUUUCUUCAUAUUUUCAUAAAUCUUGUGUUUCUUGGGUGUGUAUAGUAGUCUGGAUUUUUAGAACCAGUGUUUGAUUCUCUGUUCUGCUAUUAUUAGGUGAGUCUAUGUUUUUGUUACUAUAGUUUGUCUCUGCUGGUAAUUAAGUAUUACUGGGGUUUAGGUGUUGGGCUAAAAGGGUUACUAAAUGAAGUAUUUGAUUACUUCCCAUGUAAAUAAAUACCUACUCAGGAGUAUGUGUAAAUUACAUUUUGUACAUGCUCAUUUUACCUCAAGCAUCUCCAUCUGGUUUGGUUAUGAAUAACCUCAAGUAGAGGUCCCAUGUAAAAUUGCACUAAAAGAAAGACUUAGUCUGAAAAACUGUCAACAAAUUUCCUGUAGUAUCAGUGGUUCAACACUAGAGGGUAGCAGUUGUCCAUAUCAUGAUCUAACAGUGACAGUACCUUCUUCCUAGGAAUUAUUUUUCUUUUUCCUAAUUGAUUUGUGAGGUGCCAUAAUUUUUUUGUAUAUCACACUCUAGUGUUGUUUUAUGUAAGUAAAAAUAUUUGGAUAUAAUGUUUGUUACAUAAACUGAUAAAAUUGUAA